UAUGAGGCUUCAUUAUCUGCUAUUUGUUUUCCUCAUCUUGUUCUUGGUGCCUGCUCCAGGGGACACAUUCCUCCCAAAAAGCCUCCGAAGGUUUUUCUGCAGAGUAAGAGGCGGCCGGUGUGCCAUACUCAACUGCCUUGGAAAGGAAGAACAAAUAGGUCGAUGUUCUAACAGAGGUCAAAAAUGCUGCAGAAAGAAGAAGUAG